AUGUGGGCCUCGACGGGCCGCCCCGUCAUUCUCCACGACGUCGAUGCCAAGGUGCUCUCCUCUGCGAUGCCCUAUAUCGGCGAUGCGCUCACCACAGUCUGCGCCGUACGCGAGACACAUCCAGGCAGGAUCACCACCAGCACGGUGUUGGAGGAAUCCUGCGGCCGUAAUCCCUGGAUGGUCAUCGAAGCCCUCCCCGAGGACCCAGAGAUCAAGCGCGAGGUGCUGGGCAAAGUCGAUGCACUUGUCCCCGAGGACUGCAUCCUGGCGUCCAACAGCUCGACGUGGCCGACGUCCGCGCUGAGGCAUCUGAUUACACGGCCGGAGCGACUGUUGAACACGCAUUACCACCUGCCACCGCGUAAUACUUACGUCGAGCUCAUGACUUGCGGCGUCACAGACCAGGAACUCAUGCCCUUUCUGAAGAAGCAGAUGAAAAGUGUGGGGUUCAACCCUUUGGCGCUCCCCCACGAGUCGGUCGGCUUCGUCUUCAACCGAAUAUGGUCCGCCGUCAAGUCAGACACGCUGAGGGUGCUGCAGGCGGAACUUGCGUCGCCCCGUGAUAUCGAUGCGCUCUUUCGGGACUUUUUCCACGCAGAGAAAGGGCCUUGCGAGAAGAUGGAUGAGGUCGGGCUGGAUACUGUGUGGCAGGUUGAAAGAAACAGGGUGAACAUGGGAGUGGUGGACGCAAAGAAGGCCGGGUAUACGGACUGGUUGGAGGAGAAGUACGUUUCUAGAGGGAGGUUAGGAGAGAAGACGGGAGAUGGUUUGUACUCGGCCGAGGAGAGGAAGCUCUUGCGUGAGAAGAGGGCAAGGGCGAAAAGCUCGUAUCUGAAGUUGCGCCGAUGA